CGGAGAGGAGAGCAGAGAAAGGGCCACAAUGCUCAGGUUAGAUAAAAAUGUGGACAUACAUGAGGACAAAGUGAAAGAGACCUGAGAGGGAGGGAGACACAGGACGGGAAUGAGAGACUCACUCACAGUCUGAGGUUUACCUGAGCACUUGAGUCCACAUCCUAAAAGACGGCUGCUUAAGAGUCUGUGGAGAAGUUUUCCCAAACAUGGCAGCUACUUGGCGAUUUGCACUUUUUCUCUGCAUGUUGCUGAUGGUGUCCAGAGGCCCGAGCAUGGCCAGCGAUGAAGCCGGACACGGCACUGUGGCGAGCAGUGAUCAUGGGACCAACUCGAGCUUAGACUCAGGCACAGGACAUGGGACGGACUCAGGCCAUGACACGAGUGGACACGGGGACUCCGGGCACGGGGACUCCGGGCAUGGGGACAGUGGUCAUGGAGGAGGGCCCAUCACCACUCUACCUAUUGUGAGCUGGAAGUGGCAUCAUGUCUCCACCCCGUACUUGGUGGCCCUCUGGAUCCUGGUCAGCUGGCUCUGCAAACUAAUCAUCGAGGCCAACCACCAUGUGACCAAUGUGAUCCCAGAGAGCGCCCUACUCAUCUGCUUUGGCUUCAUUCUGGGUGGGAUGAUUUGGGGUGCAGACAAGGUGCAGACCUUCACGCUGACCCCAACUGUGUUCUUCUUCUACCUGUUGCCUCAAAUCAUCCUGGACGCGGGCUACUCCAUGCCAAACAAGCUCUUCUUCAGCAACAUGGGCGCCAUCCUGGUCUACGCCGUCAUCGGGACCUGCUGGAACGCCGCCAGCUUGGGCCUGUCGCUGUGGGGGUGUCACAAGGGAGGAGCAAUGGGUGACCUGGACAUCGGCCUGCUGCAGUAUCUUCUGUUCGGGAGUCUGAUUGCUGCUGUGGACCCCGUUGCUGUCAUCGCCGUGUUUGAGCAAGUCCACGUCAACGAGGUCCUCUUCAUCAUGGUGUUUGGAGAGUCGCUGCUCAACGACGGUGUCACAGUGGUGCUCUUCAAUGUAUUUGACGCGUUCGUGUCACUGGGAGGAUCCAAAAUUGAUGCUGUGGAGAUCAUUAAAGGAAUAAUUUCCUUCUUUGUGGUGGCGUUUGGUGGUUCCCUCGUGGGCUUUGUGUUUGGCCUGCUGAUCUCUCUUCUGACCAGAUGCACGAAAAACAUCCAGAUCAUCGAGCCAGGCUUCGUCUUCGUCUUGGGAUACCUCUCCUACCUGACGGCUGAGAUGCUCUCCCUGUCGGCCAUCCUUUCGAUCGUCUUCUGCGGCAUGUGCUGCCAGAAGUACAUCAAUGCAAACAUGGACGAGAGGUCCGUCACCACAGUCCGAUACGUCAUGAAGGUGUUAGCCAACGGAUCGGAAACCAUCGUGUUUGUGUUCCUCGGCAUCUCGGCCAUUGACAAAUCAAUCUGGGUGUGGAACACGGGCUUCAUCCUCCUCACGCUCCUCUUCAUCUUUGUGUAUAGAUUAAUUGGUGUAUUUUUCCUCACCUGGAUCCUGAACAAGUUCAGGCUGGUCCCCCUGGAGUUCAUAGAUCAGGUGAUUAUGAGCUACGGUGGCCUGCGAGGGGCUGUUGCGUAUGGUCUGGCUACAAUGCUGGACGAGAACAAGAUAAAAGAGAAGAAUCUGAUGGUCUGCACCACCCUCAUCGUAGUGUACUUCACUGUCAUUCUUCAGGGAAUAACCAUGAAACCUCUGGUCACCUGGCUCAAAGUCAAGAGAGCUGCAGUGACUGAGCUCACACUCAUAGAAAAAGUGCAGAACAAGGUGUUUGACCACAUGCUUGUUGCCAUAGAAGAUAUAUCUGGACAAAUAGGACAUAACUACAUGAGGGACAAGUGGAAUCAUUUUGAGGAGAAGUGGAUGUCGAGGAUUUUGAUGAAGCCGUCGGCGAGGAAGAACCGCGACUACGUCUUCAAUGUCUUCCAUCAGCUGAACCUCAAGGAUGCUAUGAGCUACGUGGCUGAGGGUGAACGUAGAGGCUCCCUGGAGUUUGUCCGCAAUGAAACCGCGUUCAUCGACUUCAAGAAAAAGUUUGGUGACGAUUUCUCAGACGUCAUGCCCGACAUUAUGGCUGACAUGUCAGACGAUCAGGGUGCAAUGUCCACCAUGAGAGACCCUGUGCCGACAGUGAGCCUGGAAAUGCACGAGCAGACCAUGAAUGGUGUGAGGGAGACAGAGGACGUGAACUCUCACCACCUGCUGCAGCAGCAUCUGUACAGAGGCAGGAAACAGCACCGGCACAGGUACAGCCGGAGCCAUUUCGACCUCAACAAGGAUGAGAAUGAGGUGCAGGAGAUCUUCCAGAGGACUAUGAGGAGUCGUUUGGAGUCCUUUAAGUCUGCAAAAAUGGGCGUCGCUCCGCCAAAGCACAUUACCAAGCACACAAAGAAAGACCAGCAGCAAAAGAUGCCAAACGGAAAGUCAGUGGACAAAAGUAAAAGCUACCAUUCAGGUGAUGAAGAUUUUGGGUUCUCAGAGGGAGACAGCGCCUCCGGCUUUGAGGCCUCAGGCAGUUCAUUCCCCAUGAGGGUCACCUAUAGAGCAGGAGCUGGGAUUGAGAACCCAGUCUUCAUGCCGGACCUGGACCCCAUGGAACAGGUGCAGAUCCCUCCGUGGCUGGCGGAGGGCGAGCUCGACGGCGACUCUGUGGCUCCUUCGCAGCGGGCCCAGGUGCGGCUGCCGUGGACGCCCAGCAACCUGCGCCGCCUGGCUCCCCUUCGCGUCAGCGCUCGCUCCACCGACUCCUUCGUGCUGGCCGACGUUCCUGCCGCGCAGCAGAGGGACGACGAGCAGCUGCCUCCACCGCCUCCGCCUCCACCUCACAGAGACGGAGGCCACAUGUAGCAGCACCCCGCCCCUCCUCCAGCUCCCGUUAACCUGGCUGCCAAAGACACAGAACCUAACCUCAGACUUUGCACCCCUUGCUCUCAAAAUAUUGACCAGGGGGUGUUUUCUUUUCUGUGCCAUUGUUUAAUCUUAGUCCAGAGUUUCCAGACAAAACAUUCACAGUCCCACAACCUUUGCUCUCUUGAGGCAGCUGCACUUGUUGCUCUGCCUUCACCCCUCACUGAGCAAAGGGAAGCUGCGUGGAAAGCGAGGGCUCCUGCAUGCACAGUGGCAUGUUAUUUACCAGCACAUGUUGAACAUUGUCCUACCUUCUCCUCUGGUUCAUGGUAAACCAGUCCAACGUUGCAGAUCAGUCCCUGGGGAGACUCUCAUCCCACAGUGUGGUGCAAAGACCUUUUUCAAUAACGUAGAUAUUUAUGAAUUGUGUCGUUUGUAAAGAUAAUGCGUUUAAUUAGAGCGGCAUGAGGAUAAUUCCAACUUUGUAAUCUGAGUAGAGCAUUUCUGUGUGGUUUCUCAUUUGUCCCGGAAGAGUUAAGAGAGAGGUUGAACUUAAACUUGAAGAAUGUAAAAACAUCACGUGUGAUACGGACGUACAUUAUAUUUAUUCACAAAUGAAGUUUAGUAUUAUGUGGACUUUUCCAGCAUCUCAAAUCUGUGCACCAAGAACACUUUGCCUAACUGGUUUCAAACUUUAUGGAUUUAGAAUUAAAAAGAGUCAGUUGCACUGUGUCUUAAGUGAAAUGCUAAGUCACGAAUGCUAAGUAGACUGUUGGAACAUUAAUCCACAACUACUUUGAUAAUUGAUUAAUCAUUUAUUAAUUUAUUUAUCAAGAAAAUUUUUGUGUUGUUGUUGCUUUUCUCUUUUUCAUAUUAUUGUAAAUAACUGUUGGCGUAUUGUCUGUACAAAAUCAGCACAUUUGACUGGACUGCAAAUGAAAUUUAGCUAAAUCUGGCACAUUUUCAUCAAACUGGUGUUAAUUAAUAUGAGAUGUAUCUAAUAACUAAAAGUAAGGUAAAUAAAAUAAAAAAAUUAAUGGCUCAUUUUCAA